AUGGCACCAACAAACCCUCUGGCUGACUGGGAGAAGGUCGGAGACCGAUUCUAUAGGAAGAUCCGAGUAUACGAUGCCGUCUUCGACGAGGACCUUGAGCUAGAAAACUUCAUUGUUGCGGGGGCUCCGUACGGAGGAUCGAUAGCACUCUAUCGCGACGAAAACAAGCUCCAGAGAUACAGAGAUGCAGAGACGGGGAAAUCAUAUAUUGAUAUAUACUCCUGCUCUGGCCAACGAAUCAGCCGGAUAAAUGGGGAACACGCUGCAAUUCGUGGCCUGGGUUGGUCUGAUGAUGAGAAGCUCCUCGUAGUGACCCAAGACGGCACGGUGCGGUGCUAUUAUGGUCUUCAUGGAGACUUCACACCCUUUUCUCUAGGAACCACCGCAGAGGAGAAUGGAGUAAAGGCCUGUCGCUUCUGGUCGGAUGGUUUUGUUGCUCUUUUAUAUAACAACCAGCUUAUUGCAGUCUCUCGCUACGAUGAACCACGUCCCAAAUUGCUGGCAUCCCCACCUGCAGGAGAGGUAUCGUCAUGGUCGCUGAUUCCUCCAAAUUACACCCUCUCGCGAUCAGUCGAAGUCCUUCUGGCAAUCGACGAAACUAUCUAUGUUGUGGAUGCAACAGAGGCGGAGGAUCGAAUGUUACAGAACGGUCCAUUCAAGCACGUUAGCGUAUCCCCAAAUGGGAGAUUUGUCGCCUUGUACACCGGCGAUGGAAAGAUGUGGGUUGUAAGCAGCGAUUUCCAAAACAAACUUAGCGAAUAUAAUUCCGGAGCCCGAACACCACCAAACAACGUGGUAUGGUGUGGCAAUGACUCUGUUGUUCUCUCAUGGGAGGACGAGGUUCAUAUGGUUGGCCCCAACGGAGUUGCUGUUAGGUAUUUUUAUGAUGGCCGCGUCCAUAUAAUUCCAGAUUUUGAUGGGGUCAGAUUACUUACCAAUGACGCUUGUGAAUUUCUACACAAGGUCCCAGACGUUACGGAGGAGGUAUUCAAGUUGGGAUCGACGUCUCCUGCUUCUAUUCUCCUGGAUUCAGUCGGGCUCCUCGAAAAGAAAUCACCGAAAGCAGAUGAAAAUAUUCAGCACAUCCGGUCAAACCUGCUCGAAGCCGUCGAUACCUGUGUCAAAGCAGCAGGACACGAAUUUAAUACCUCCUGGCAAAAGCAGUUGCUUAAAGCCGCAUCAUUUGGCAAAUCGGUUAUUGACCUCUACAACAGUGAUGACUUUGUGGACAUGUGCGAGCGACUGCGGGUGUUAAAUGCUGUACGCGACUAUCGGAUCGGCAUACCCAUUUCAUAUGAACAAUACCUCCGCCUAACCCCGGAGAAACUGAUUGAACGACUGAUCAACCGUCACGAAUAUCUUCUUGCAAUCCGGGUUUCUGAAUAUCUUCAUCUUCCAACGGAUAAAAUAUAUGUCCAUUGGGCAAGUGAAAAGGUCAAAACUUCCACUGAAGAUGAUGACACCAUUUGCGACUUGGUUGUACAAAAACUUCAAGGGAAGCGAGGAAUAUCAUUUGAAUCGAUCGCUCAGUCAGCUUAUGAUGAGGGUCGUGGCCAUUUAGCCACCCAGUUACUUAAUUUUGAGCCACGCGCUGGAAGACAAGUGCCCCUUCUGUUAAAUAUGGAGGAAGAUACUCUAGCGCUGGACAAAGCUAUAGAAAGUGGCGAUACGGAUCUGAUAUAUUUUGUUCUAUUACAACUUAAACGAAAACUUCCCCUGGCAGCAUUUUUCCGAGCCAUCAAUACUCGGCCCGUUGCAUCCGCUUUAGUGGAGGCAUCCGCUCGAUCACAGGAUGUGGAGCUGCUCAAGGAUUUAUAUUACCAGGAUGAUCGCCCUGUUGAUGGAUCUAACCUCCUUUUGAGAGAAGCUCUGGCCCAACCGGACCCGCGGGCUAUGGAAGACAAAUUACGACUAGCAUCCAGGUUGUUGGCGGAUUCGAAAGACGCAAAUGUGCAAUCACAUCAAAAGUCACUGACAGAAGCUGCGCAGCUCUUGAAAAUCCAAGAUGGAUUGGACAAAGAUAUUGCUGAUGGUGGUAGUGAAUUUGUUGGCCUAAGUAUAAACGAAACCAUAUACAAAUUGAUAAAGUCUGGGUAUGGGAAACGUGCCAAUAAAAUCCAAAGUGAAUUCAAGGUACCUGAGAAGUCAUUCUGGUGGGUGAGACUGAGAGCUUUGGUAGCAAAGCGAGACUGGGGAGAGCUGGAGGAACUUGCAAAACUCAAGAAAUCACCGAUUGGUUGGGAGCCUUGUUACAAUGAAAUUCUGGGCGCGGGAAACACCAAGCUUGCCUCAGUAUUUAUCCCAAAAUGCACCAACCUGCCUGUCGCUGAGAGAAUCGAGAUGUGGGUAGGGUGCGGGAUGGUUGUCAGAGCAGGGGAAGAGGCUCUUAAGGCCAAAGAUAUCAGCAGCCUCGAACUUCUUAGGGCAAAGGCAUCGGGCCUUGCGGUGAGUGAAAUCGACCGAAUGAUCAACCAGUUAAGGCCAAAGAAAUAA